CCGACAUUUUCCCUUUUGUUUUUCUGAGUCCUGACAUGCCGCACUAUCCUGUUGCUCUUUAUCAACUCUUGCUUUCUGCCAUUUUGUUUGUAAGCCUUGAGAAAUCAACUUUACCUCAGAAAUCUCACUGAGUUGUCUGAAUUGAACGUUUUAUCUCUUCUCUUCCUGCUGAUUGAAGUAAAACUUUCUUCUUUGCAAGUCUCUGUUCUUGGUCAUGGAUGAUUUUGUUUGUGACAAACUAACCCAGUGGGGUCUGAGUGAGUUGAUAGAAAUAUUUAAAGAUGAAGAAAUGGACAUGGAAAGUCUUUAUUGUCUUGAAGACCAAGACAUUGAUACGUUGAUUCCAAAAGUGGACCAAAGGAUCCGAUUCAAAAAGGGAUUUCAGCUGUUAAAGGAAGAACAAAGCAGAAAUCCAGGAAUGCAGCAUUGUCCUGCACAAUGUUACAUUAACUCUGGAUCUGAAGAGUGUCCAACUCGGGAUGAUUCCUGGUCAAUUAGGUCAUCAUCACCUGGUCGACCAAGAGAAUGUCUCCUCACUGACAACAAUGUGACAUCUAAUCCAACCAGGUCCAGCAUAAAGUCUCUCAGCACCAUCACCGUCUCUGUUGGCUUGUUAAACAUCCGCUCACUCACCAAAAAAGAGUCUUUUGUUUCCAAACUUCUAAGGGAAAAGCAGUUUGACUUCUUAUGUCUGACAGAGACCUGGCAGAAGAAAAAUGAUCUUACACAUUUAACAAGGGCUGCUGAUGGAUAUUCUCACAUCAGCCAACCACGCUCUGAAGGACGAGGAGGCGGUGUCGCAGUGCUCUUCAGAGAUAAGUGGCUUGUAUCUUCUGCCAGUGUCCCCACUUACAACUCUUUUGAAUCUACAGUACUACAAAUCCACUUAUCAGUACCCACCAUUUUAGCCACCAUCUAUCGCCCUCCUGAGUCCAACAAGGAUUUUUUAAACGAUUUCUCCAAUCUUUUAACAUUUUUGUGGUCCUUAUCCCCAAAUAUUAUCGUAGUGGGUGAUUUCAACAUUCACAUGGACAAAUUCAGCAACACUCUGACGCGGGAUUUUUAUUAUUUGUUGAAGAGUUUUGGAAUGCAGCAAUAUGUUGACUUUUCUACACACAGCCACGGUCACAUCCUGGAUCUUGUCUGCUGCUCUGCUUUAACGCUUUCAAACUGUACAGCAUUAGAAAUGCCCAAAUGUGACCACAAACUAAUUUCAUUUACUGUCACUUUGCCACUAUCCAGACUAUAGUUUCAUCUCCUUCCAAACAUCAGUAGCUCUAUCCUAUCUGACACAUCUGACAAAAUCACAGAUCCAUUGAUAUACAAGUUACACAGAUGGUGUGGUCUGACUCUACAACAAUGCAUGGGAAAGACAUUCUGUAGAGCAAAACAUCCCUUCUUUGGCUGAAUGUUAGUUUUUCUCAAUUAUUUUGGUGAAUUUCUCCAAACAGAAUCAAAAUGUUUUUUACUAUUAUUUCCACCUCUGAGCAGCGGUUUUAAAUUUUUUAUGAUAAGCUGUAAAUAUGUUUGGACAUGCAUUAGUUGCUUGCAUACAAGUCUCUGCUGCUUCAUAACCGACAUAACUGGUGUCAUGUCAGUAAAAUGAACAUCUAGUGAUUGAGGAUUUUCUUGUAAAACUAAAAGUCUUAAUCCAAUUGUUUGGGUCAUUACACACAAAUGUUUUGUGUUAUCAAAAUCUGUCAAUAAUAUAUAUUUCUUUAUAAUUCUUUCCCAAAAAUCUUGCAUGAAAGUUGCCACUUCCCCACCUUGUCCUUUCUUACUGUGAUUUCUUAUCGCUGUAUGUACUUGGAUUAUAAAAUCUAGUUGAGGCUUAAACCAAAUUUUUUGAAUACAGAUAAGAUGUGGUUUGUCUGUCAAUUUUUUUUUUUUAUUCUUGACCAUUACUAUUAAGACUUCUGGCAAUUCACUGGAAUAUAAUAACAGAGAAAAAAGACCACUGCAUGACUGAGUUCGAGAAGAUUGACUUUAUUAGUAUCUCCUUUCUUAAUGUCAAGAUAUAUUUGAGCUGCUUCCACAAUUAUUUGAAUUUUUUUUCAGUCUUCUUUUCGUUUUGGGCAGUGCUAUUUAUUGGCUCUACCGUGAAUAAAACAAAUUCCUCUUUCAUGAUGAGUAUUGUGUCAUCUUUGCUCUUGUCACAUCCCUGACAAACAGAACUCCAUACUUGUAGAGCUGUCAUCUAGAAAGCCCGGUCAUGCCUGGCCAUCGAUCCAACAGACACACCGAGGGCCUUCCUCCAGUUCUCUGCCUUGGGACCCUCUCAAAAUAUUCAUUCUUGUUUUUGAGGAAUGAACCAUCAACGAGACUAGUUUGUACUAACUGCUUUGAGAAAUUCACUUGCCAGUUUUAAUUCCGGUUGUGACUCAUCUUCACAAGUCCCAACAUGAAACAGAUAUAAGUUAUGGGUUAUCAGUUAUUCAGAUAGCAUGUCAACAGAGAGUGUUCAAAAACACUUUUUAUAGUGCCAAAUAAUAAGCAGAUGAAGAAAUGCAAGAGAUUAAAACAAACAAUUUAAGGAAAUGAGGGAGGAAUGAGAAAUAAUGAAAUAACAAAAAUACAUUUUGGAAUUGUAAUAUCAAAAGGGAUAGCAGGACAUGUCAAACUAUUAAAAACUUAAAUAGAAGUUAAACAUAGAAAACUUGACAAUAUUGCAAAGAACUCAAAUAAAAAAAUUUAUAGAAAAACAUUAAAAUAUAAGAAAUAGUUAUAAACUUCAUCUAGAACCCAAACUGAAUAAAUAUGUCAAAUUUGCUUUUAAAAACACCCAAAUUCUAAGCUCCUGUGGAAUUCUGAAAAUUUCUGGAAAACCAAGAGUCAAAGUUAGAGAACAAAAAACAGCUUUAUUGCUCUUGCAAGUGGAGAGCACUGAUCAGCAACACUGUCAGACAAACUCUGAUUUCCAAUAGAUGCUUCUCAUUUUGCACUCUAAAUUCAAUAGUCUAAGGCACAGGGGUGUGAUUACUAUUUCUUCGUCAGCCGCCACAUGUCUAUACAUAAAUGAGUUGUUCGAGAGAAACGUUCUGAAAACUUUGCAGAAUGUUGUCGGCGUUUCCUGUCAAUGACUUCCUGCAACCAGAACAUGCAGGUGCUUUAACUUUAACUUUAAUAAGUAAGACACAUAUGGUAAAAUGUAAUAAUUGGACAAAUAAGCUGCUUAGUAAAAGUAAUAAUGGUGUGAAUAAUUAUUUUAUUCCAAACUCCCUAAAAAUUUAUGGAGUUAUUAUAAAUUAAAAACUUCUCAUAAAAUAUUUUUGUUUUUAAUUUUGGUUUUGUUUUUUUGCACCAGAGUCAGAAUUAAAAUGUUUGUCCAGCUUUCAUACAGUUUUAAUAUUCCUGAACCAAUUGAACUGGCUAAACUCAAGCAGUUUGUUUUACAGUGUAGACGCCUAUGCUGUUUUUGUCACGCCUCUUUUUUUGAACCAACCCACACCUCCUUGUUCCUCAUUUUCUUGCUUUCUACCAUUCUGAAUGUAAAAUUUGAGCAAUCAACUUCACUUUUGUGAAACACCUUUGAGAUAAAUUUUCUCUUCUUCAUCUGAAGACUGAAUUGUUGAUGCCAUAAUUUCAUUCAUUGCAAGUCUCUGUUCUUGGUCAUGGAUGACUUUGUUUGUGACAUGCUAACCCAGUGCGGUCUGAGUAACUUGAUUGAAGCUUUUAAAGAUGAAGGGAUUGAUAAAGAAAGUUGUUAUCUGCUUCAGGAUGCAGACAUUGAAAAGUUGAUUCCAAGAAUGGGACAAAGAUUAAAAUUCAAAAAGUUACUUAGUCAGUUAAAGGCAGAACAAAGUCCAAAUGAGAGCACACAACAUUUUCCACCACAUGCUUUACCUUCUACAAGUGACAAGGGAAAGCGAAAAUCUGACCAACAGUUGGAAAACAGAGGACAACCAGCAGUAAAAAGGAAGUGUGAAACAAAUUCCUCAGCAGAAACAGAAGCAAAGAUAUUAACUGAUGUGAGAAACACGAUGGGACACAUCUGCGCCAUGUUACAAGAUGACAGUGAUCUCAAUAAGUUAUUGAAAACUAAAAUCAAGAAUCUGGAGACGGAAAAGAAGGAGCUGGUUGGUGUCUUUGGUAAAACUGGAGCUGGAAAAACGUCUUUGAUAAAUGCUGUCCUUGAAGAGAGAAAUCUUUUGCCUUCUGGAAGUGUCAGCGCAUGUACCUCAGUCAUGAUUAAAGUGGAGGGUAACAGGAGCAAUGAGAAAUACGAGGCGGAGAUUGAAUUCAUUUCACCCGAGGACUGGGAAGAUGAAUUGGGAUCACUGUGUAGUAUCACUAAAAAAGAAAAUCAAGAAGUGCAAGACAAUGUUGAUGAUUCUAAGGAAGAAUACCAUGAUGCUGUUGAUAAGCUGUCAGCUCUGUAUGAAGAAGAGUGGAAGGGAAAAUCCUGUGAACAACUCAUGGAGUCAAAGUACUUCAAAGAAAUUCCACAAUUUCUUCAUUCAACAAGCAAAACCUUGGUUUUUGAAUCGGCUAAAGACCUAUCUAAAGAUAUUGUCAAAUAUACAAGGGAUGCCGAAAAGAACGAAAACUAUAAUGAAAUAAAGCAGUGGUAUUGGCCACUCGUAAAGUGUGUGACUGUCAGGGUACCAAAUAAUCCUUUUCUCCAACAUGUCACUUUUGUGGACCUUCCUGGAAAUGGAGACCGCAAUAAAAGCAGAGAUACAAUGUGGAAAGGGAUUGUUGGAGACUGUUCUACCGUCUGGAUUGUCACUGAAAUCAAUCGAGCAGCAUCAGAGGAAGAAUCAUGGGACAUCCUGAAAAAUGUUGGCAGUCAGAUUGGAAACGGUGGCGAGUGUCGACACAUUCACAUUGUCUGCACCAAGUCUGAUGAUAUUGACGAUUCAGAUGAACUCACCAAAGCUGAAUUGAUACUUAAGAGAAACCCAAAAGCCAAAGAAAGAGUGAGAAAAGAAUUCAACAAACUGGACAAGAUUAAAAAACACUUCAGUGAUGAGUGUUUUCAGGUGUUCACUGUGAGCUCCAGAGAAUUUUUUCGAAAGAGAGAUCUAAGUCCAGAGGACACUGAAAUACCCAAUCUUCAAGAAUUUUUGCAAAAUCUCAAUGACUGUCACUCAGAGACAUUAAACUAUGUGUCUGGAGCUCAUGGCAUCCUCUCUUUGAUUCAUGGGGCCAGCAGAAGAAAAGAGGAUGACAGAAUUAAGGAAGUGUUUGAAGCUCUUGAGAAAAAUCUAACACUUCAAAUUAAGUCAAUCAAAAAUGAAAUGACGAAGAUUUACAAAGUUUUUGAAGAACACCUUCAAGAGGGAGUUGAGAGAUCCAAAAACUCAUAUGGAAACAUCUUGAAGUCUACCCUCUAUCCCCCUAAAAGGGAUGGUCGGGGAUUUCAUAAGCAACUGAAAAAAGCAGUAGAAAAUAGAGGAGUCCACCAACCUAAGAAAGGAAAAGAAAUGAACAUCAACAUAAACUUGACUUCCCCUCUGGCUGACAGCAUUGAUGAGGAAUUCAGAACCACUUUUCCAAAUGGUGGAAAAUGUGGCCCAUUCAAAGGAGUGAUCUAUAGUUUUUCACUUGUCACUGAAGAACUAAAAGAGAAGUAUAAAGAUCUGGAACUGCAGCUGAUAUCUCUCAAGUCAGAGGAAGAACGUCUGAAGACAAGUUUGAACAAAAGUAUUCGUAAGCGCAAAAAGACAGUCUACAGGAGUCUAAUGAAAACUAUUGAGGAAACAAUGCAAGACUGCUAUAGAAAAGCAGCAGCCUUUACAGGAACUGGUACACUGCAGAACAUGCGGGAAACUAUAGAGAAUCACGUACAUGGAUCACAGGACACCAUGUUUGAAGAUGCUAAAAAGGUCAUGAUGAACCACCUGCACAGCUUGAUGAUGGACGUCCUGAAAAGACUUGAGGAUACCAUGAGGGAAUCAAUUGCGGUGUCCCUGAAGACUAAUGACCUCUCAAUUCUAGAUGUUUCAGCACAGCUGAAGAAGGUCCAGAAACUACUUGAUGAGCUGAAAAGCUGCUAAAACACAGAACAUAUUUGAGCUGUUCUCAUUGGAGGGAUUCACCAUCAUAACAUGCUGCAUUUGCAGCCCUUCAGGAUGAAAAACUGUAGGAUUAUGAAAAAAAUAUAUAUUAUGUAAUUUUCUUUGCCACUUCUUUCAUUUUUUUCUCUUGGAGGGGUGUUUGCAACAAUUUUCAUUUUGUUUAUUAGAGCCUGAAUAUGGAAAAACUUAGAGAGUGAAAUUGAAAUCAGGUCAAAGUGUCUUUAUUUAGUUCUGUAGGAAGAAUUACAGGAAAAAGAUAUAGAAGACAUUUUCAUUUUUUAAGAAUUUUCUUUGAUAUUUUAUAUGUGAAAUUUCUUUAUUAAUGUUUAGUAUAGGUUGAUUAUACUUCUUUACUCUUUGAUAAUUUUAGAAAUGUUUGCUUUACAUUUGAAAUUAAAAUCAAAUCAAAGUGUCUUUUCUUAGUACUACAGGACUAAUUGCAGGAAAAAGAUAUGGAAGACAUUUCCAUUUUAAAUAGUUUUCUUUGAUAUUUUAUACGCGACAAAAUGUUAUUCAUUUUUAGCAUGUUUAUUACACUUUUUUAAUACUUUUUACAAAUUGUUUGCAUUACUUUUUUUCUCCUUUGUUAAAGCUUAAAUAAAAAAUGUAAAGAAAUAUAACAAAGUUAUGAUUAUUUCUGGCUUCUGAAGAUGACUAAACCUCUAAUUAUUCUCAAUUUUUUAGCUGUUUAAUUGUUAUCCUAAUGCAUGUGUGUGAUUUGGUAUCCUGUGGUAAAAUUUAAUAAGAUAAUCAGAUAAAUGUACAUGAACAUGUCAGAUAAUUUCUUAACUCUAAUUUUCUGAGUUUUAUUCACUGGAAAACUCAUAACUAUGAUUCCUGUUAUACUUUCUAUCAUAGAGAUCUGAAAUACAUAUGAACAAAUAAAGUUAUGUAUGACA